AUGCUUGCAAUCGUAUUAGUGAACAUGAAAAGUCUAAUGAUCAUAAAAAUUGUGUCGACGCUUAUUUACUACAGUCAAAAGAAAAAGAUUUAUAUAAUUUCUUCAGUGUUGCGAAAAAAUAUGAAGGCAGUACUAGAACGUAUAAUUGAAACUAUCAAGGUAAUAGGUAAAAGAGGAUUAAGUUUUCGUGGUGCAAAAGAUGCUGAAGCUGCAUACACGCUUAAUGAUGAUUCUUUAGACAACGGGAACUUUUUGGAAAUGUUUAUUUUGAUUUCAAAAUUUGAUACACUGUUAAAAGAACACAUCGAUGAAGAAAAAGUAAAAAAAAUCGUGAAAAGCGUGAACAAAAAGGAAUAA